AUGCUCAAUAGCCGCUCAGAUACGCAGGGUGGGCUGGAUGCAGCGGCGGUGCUGCCACGUUUGGUUGCACUAUCAAACGAGGACCUGCGUCAGUUGCUGAUCCAGUGCGGCCUGAGCCCGGGUCCCGUCGUCGCCACCACUCGCCACGUUUACGAGCAAAAAUUGAAAGACCUGUUGUCACCGCCUUCGAUGGUCGAUCAAGAUUUAUUGGCCGACUACAAAAAUCGUAGUUCUGCUGCCGAAGCUCCUUUUUCUCACACUCAGGACGCAACUGAAUCUGGUGAAGAUGACGACAUUGACUUAAUGGAAGGAGAAGAAUCGUUCAGAAGCAUCGGUACUGACGAGGAAAGUCAGGUUUUGCAUUCCACUCUCAAACCAAGUAAAUAUACUCGGCGCUCCCCGUCGCCUGAUUACAAAAAGGUUUGGCAACCUUCGUCAUUCAGCAACUGCAGAGUGUCCGAUUUGUCGAAUCAGCGAAUGACGUCUUCUGUCGGCUCGUUUCGCCCUCAUCUUUCGCCAAGGAAGUCCAGUCCAACAAAUGCGUACACCGUGUCUGCCAGUGGCUUGCGUAAUAAUCAGCAUCUGUGGCCGAUUUACAUCAAGACCAUUCUGUUUAUUGUAGUUGGUAUUUUUGUGUAUAUGUUGUUGAAACGUAUCAGCAGCGUUGAUGUGGAUAAGUUGUAG